GGUCACACUAUUUAUGUUAAAGAGAACGCCGCUCGACGUACGAAAAAGUCGAGAGAAAAUAAAAUUGAAAUAAUUAAACAAAACUUGUGCAAAGAGGGUUCCUCUGGUAAUUAGUUGAGACCCAAGACAAAUUCAUUUAAAAAAAAUGGCGCGUGCCCGUUCCCCAUCUGCUGAAAAGGGUGAAAAGGAGAAGGAAAAGGAAAAUAAAGAGAAGGACGCAAAAGAGAAAGACGGCGGCAAGUCUGGAGCUAGCAACUCCUCAUCACGAAGAGAGCGCGAACGUGAACGCAAACGCCGUGGUUCGGCCUCCUCCAGCAGCGAGUCCAGUCGAAGCUCAUCUGAUAGUAGCUCGUCAAGAAGCAGUUCUGGGUCAGAUUCACGCUCAAGCUCGAGCAGCUCCAGCGACUCAUCCAGCUCGUCCUCUUCGUCGUCCAGCGAUUCCGAUCGCAGUGAGAAAAAUCGUCGCCGUGGAUCUGGAAAAGACAAAGACAAGGCUAGUUCACGCUCACGUUCUCGAUCUCCACGGAGGGCUAGCAAGUCACCCAGACCGAAUAGUAAGGCCCGCAAGGAGCCUGAGCGUGAUCGUGACCGGCGUUCCAGGGAUCGCGAGCGUUCGCGGUCUAGAGACCGUGCCCGCCGCGGUGGAGGCUCUAACGAACGGGAACGGGGAGCAGCAGGGGAAACCACCAAUGCCAAGCGCGAGCGUUCUCGUUCGGCAAGUCGGUCACGUUCACCACGACGCAGGGACAGGACUCCACCGGCAAAACGCCGUGAGCGUUCCCGUUCCAGAUCUCGCUCUCGAUCGCCUACCCCAAAGCCGGUGCGCAUCCAUGUGGGCCGACUGACCCGCAAUGUAACAAAAGAUCACGUAUUGGAGAUCUUUAGUAGCUUCGGCGAGGUGAAGAGCGUUGAAUUUCCAACAGAUCGCUUUCAUCCUAAUUUUGGACGUGGUGUCGCAUAUGUUGAGUACGGCACGGCGGAGGAUUGCAAAUCGGCUAUGAAGCAUAUGGAUGGUGGUCAAAUCGAUGGUCAAGAGAUCACUGUAUCCCCAGUCAUUAUACCCAAGCAGAGGCCACCAGUUCGUCGUCCCUCGCCUCCAAUGCGCCGGCCCCAAGGCAAUCGCUGGCGAUCCCCGCCCAAUUUUAAUCGCUUCAACAAUCGUGGUGGAGGCGGACGUCGUCCCUCACCUCCACCCCGUGGACGUCGUUCAUCUCCACGUCGUCGUUCGCGCUCUCCAAUUCGCCGACGACGUCGCAGUAACAGCUCAGAUAGCUCACGUUAAAGACAUCAUUACUCCUAGAUUUUACAACGUUUCUGGCGCAUUCAAAAUAAUUCAAAUCUUUUACAUCAAUUUAUAAUCCGAGGACAAUUAAUUAAUAAAUUAUAUAACAAUCGAA